GUUUGACGUUUUCCGAAAAUGAUUAUAAUAUAUCAGUAAAGCAAAGCAUGGCAUCACUUUUUCUGACAUUACUUUGUGUUGCUUGUUGUACUGGAUUGGUGGAGAGGAUAUCUGGUAUACCGUUUACACUCACAGUUGAGACCGCGAAAUACACACGCCCAAAUGUGACAUGUCCUGCUGAUAAACCAUUUAUAAUGAGAAACGGAAAUUAUUCUGUCUGUGUGUCGUCAUGUGGACCGGAAAUGGUUUUGGACGGCUCCAUGUGCAUAAAUGUUACGAAAUGUACAAAACCGGUGCUAUCAGACGGGCGUUGCAUGGAACUGUGUCCAGUCGGUUAUCUAUACGUCAACUUUGAUAGUAACUUUGGUGAUUGUUAUGGCCAGUAUGACAGCUGCUCUUACAGAAUUAAUGACAUACGAGUCACAUCGUGUGUUAAGUUAACCUAUCUACAUGCUUUGGUAGUUUGCUCCGUAUUUGGAAUUAUUCUAUAUAUCGCUUUUAUUUGGAUGUUCUUUUCAACACGACAAUUUCCUUUGAUUAAAUUGCUUACAUAUGUUAAAGGCAUAGGUCGCAAGAAAAUGACGUCAUCAGAUGGUGAACUACUGAUUAAUGCUGACGUCGAAGAAGAAUGAUUUGUUCGGUUGGAAAUACUAUGAUUAAUUUGAUUCAAACUAUUCGCAGACUUAAUUAAAUCUUGCAAUAUUUCAAAUACUAGCAUAAAUAAACAGUAACAGUUUAAGAAAUUGCUUAAAGUACACAUCAAUAUAUUAAAAUGAAUGUUAUGUACUUUACGGCACAUAGACUUAAACUAAAAUGUGGUAGUUUGAAAAACAGUUUUUUUUUAUCAAAAUAUAGAUCUUUAUUUUCCGAAAUGUUUUAGAUGUAUUCAUUUAUAUUCAAUAGAAAUAAACAAUUCAUGAUUUAAAGACAUUCAUCCACUAUCACACUAUCUUGCAAGUGCGCGGUAGAACUAUUGCUGAACUCGAGGAAAGCGAGUUAUAGUGACUAUAACAGAACUGGAGAAAGUGUAGUUCAUGUAAUAUAUUUUGUGUAUACUAUAUUGAAUGAUUGUUUCACAUGAAAACGAUCAAAAUGACCAAGACGUGUUUAUAAUAAACGAGCGUUUUACAGCUGAACUUGAAUACUGAUGCGUUAAUACAUCAAGUGCGAGCAUUGUCCGCUGACGCACAUAUUUAACAGUAAGCUGUGAGAACAGUACCAAACAAAGCGUUUGUUUGUAACAUUAUGCAUUAUUUUUGUGAUACGAUCAAAAAUUAAAUGCAGUUCUAACAUAGA